AUGGGCGGUAGCGUGCCCUGCCCAUCAUGUAAAGGUACCGGCCGAAUUCCCAAAGAGAUGGAGGAAACACUAGUUGCAUUGAUCCCAUUGAAUGACGAUCGUUUAAAGCCGAAACGAACAUGGUUUUGGGUACUUGUGGGGAUCGCGAUGUGCACAUUGCUGGCGUCUGGGGCCAUUUUCAUGCUUGUACCGCGCGCUGUUGACCUACACAGUAAUAGACCUGCUAUUAACAUCAUUCAUGUUACCGAACAUAAGUCAUCACCGCCAACAAUUCGCUUCCAUUUCAUGAAUUAUGUUAACAUCUCGAAUUCGAACUACUACGUUAUCCAAGUUGUUAAUACUUCUGCUACAAUCAUUUCCAAAUUCCAACCAUGGUCUAGUGACGUCAUAGGUUCUGGACUGAAUGCAAGUACCAUAUCCGUGGCACCUCUCAGCAGUAAUAAUAAUCAGCUGAUGUUCAAUAACUCGGUAACACUGACCGAUGUAGUGGCGUAA